AAGGUUAUCGUAAGGUCUUAAUUGUCGUUGAAGUUACAGAUAAUAUUAUAAUAACAGCUGAUACUUCAAAGCAAUUUGUUCUUUAGUAACCAUGGCGCGUUACUUUGCUCUUGUAUUUGUGGUAUUACUCUUCGCCCUAGCUGUAUGGAGUCCUAUCGCAGUGGCGCAAGAAAUUGAAGCUAAUGAAAAGACACCACGAGAAUCAAAAGAAAAUGACCACAAAGAUGACGCAACGAAUAAUAUAUGGAACACAUUGUCUAUGAUCAUUGCCACGCCAUUCGAACAAAUAAAAACAAACAAAGAUGAGAAUAAUACAAUUAGCUCUGGCAAAGUGGAGACAUUUGGAAUUCUAUUAACAACUUUUAAUGCCACUAAUACAUUGCCAGCAUCAGGAAACGACGUCAGAGACACUAAUAAGAAACAUGAGGAAAACGUUGAAGAUGAAUUUGAUUUAUAUGCAAAAAUAUUAGCGAAGAAGUUAAAGAAAUAUCCUGAGAGUAUGAGGGUUCGACUCAUCUACAAGAUUGAUGGUCUUCUUCUGAACAAUCCGUAUCCUGAAAUAACAAGCAACGGCUCAACAGAAACACCAAAUGUGAACUAAGGUUUUACCAAUGCAACUUAAUUCUACGUUUAUAUGUCAUUAGGAAGAAGAGAACGAAGCAAGAUGACACGGUUGUUGACGACUUAUUUUUAAAUAUAUUUAUCAAAGACUUAUUUCAUUCAAAAUCCAUUGGAAAAAUAUUUUUAAAAUUCACGCAAUAAUAAAUAGGUAAGUUAUAUAGCUUUGAAAAUUAGUGGAAAGAGAAG